AUGUUUGUUCAAAUGAAAUAUCCAUACGAAACCAACCAAGUUGAAGCCAAAGAAAGUGCUGAUCAAUGGAAAGCAUCAUUUGAUGCUACUGCAAUCGAAACAAUGACAGCCAAAACAGGCAAUUUCAAAUCAUUUAGCGUUUUUGUUAAUAUGCUUGAAAAUGCCAUCAAUCAAGAAAGUACGUCAGUUAAUAUUGAUUUAUUUACAUAUGAUGAUUUGGAAGCGCUGAGAAAGAAACGACAAGGUCAUAGUGAAAAUUUAACUCAUCAUCAACCAACCAAUGUUCAAUUAGCAAAUAAACGAUAUUUAAUUUUGACUUAUAAUGCUGAAUAUGAUCGGAUUUAUUAUCCAUUAUCACUUCCAUAUUGUGGUAAACCAGAUCCAGUUGUUUUGAUGCAACAGAUUCGACAACUAACGAAUGAAAAUCGUUUGUUAAAAUCACGGCUUGAAUCAGAUGUUGAACGAAGUGAUAUCAUACGAUUACAAAGAGAAUGUGCACGGUUAAAGAAAGAGAAUACUGAUUUUCGUCAACAGUUGUCUUCCCAUCGUUCAUCAAGUAAUUCCAAUGAACAACAACAACAAAUUGACUUGUUACGUCAAAUGGUGCGAGCAAGUGAAGAUGCAUUAACAAAAGAACGAACAAAAGCGACAAAAACGGAAGAUUAUCGAGUAUUGAAUGAUCAAGUGGAAUCACUGAAAAGCUCGGAAAGACAAUUGAAAUCGAAAGUGCGUAGUUUAACCAACGAAAUCGCUUUACUCAAACGAAGUACUCUUCAUCAUCCAACAACAGUUCGAUCAUCAUCAAGAGAACGAUCAUUACAAUUGAAUGGUUAUUCACCUCGUUCAUCGCAACAACAGCAACGUCCACCUUCUUCAUCUCGUCCAUCAUCAGGUGGUGAUCAACGUCGACCUCGUUCAGAUCAUUUAUUACCAACACUUUCAUCACGAAAUCGUUCAAAACAUCGUUCAACUUCGAAUGAUUCUCGGCGAAGUGGAAGUGAAACGCGUCAGCGUUCGACAAGUAUUACAAAACGAUCAUCAUCACCGGCAGAUUCUCGUGGUCGAUUCAAUCCAACAGCAUACAUUCGCGAACGAAAUCUUAAACUAAGACAAAUUGAAUUACAAAAAAGCCGAGAAGCACGACGAAGACGAAGUGCUGGUCGACGCGGUUCCGAUUCUGAUAUGAGUGAUUUUUCUGUUCGAGGUGGCAGUAAGGCAGGAUCAAUUGCUAGUUUACGGUUAAAUGAUAGCGAUGAUGGUCUACGUACAUCAGGUUCUCGACGAAGUUCUGCUCGAAAACAAUCUUCUGGAUAUAAACCAAAAGAUUCAACUGAUUCUGAUAUGGAAGGUGUUUCUUCACCAGCCGUUCUGCGUAAAGCAGCAUCGAAUAAUACCACCGGCUUUGUUCCAUAUAAGUCUCAACAUCAGCAAAAUGUUGAUCCAACUAAAGUAGAACUGGCCAAUGCAAAUGAUAUGAUUGAUAUUGACGAACGAUUAAAAUCAUUAGAAAAGUUUAUGAAGGAAAACUUGCCAAGUUAA